AUGGUGGAUAGAAAAAAAGAACUGAAGGUGCUGCUGGUCGUGGGUGGGGGAACUGCUGGGCCACCCGCGCUGAACAUAGGAGCGGACACGGCGCAACAGUGGGUCACGCAUGGCCGUGAUGGGAAACCCGCGCAGGGUGUCUUAGAUCGCUUCAUCAACUUGGAACAUGAGGACGUCCGAACGCAGGAGGCGGAGACCAGAGAAGCCAAGGAGGCGAGAGCCAAGGAGGCGAGAGCCAAGGAGGCGAGAGCCAAGGAGGCGAGAGCCAAGGAGGCGAGAGCCAAGGAGGCGAGAGCCAAGGAGGCGAGAGCCAAGGAGGCGAGAGCCAAGGAGGCGAGAGCCAAGGAGGCGAGAGCCAAGGAGGCGAGAGCCAAGGAGGCGAGAGCCAAGGAGGCGAGAGCCAAGGAGGCGAGAGCCAAGGAGGCGAGAGCCAAGGAGGCGAGAGCCAAGGAGGCGAGAGCCAAGGAGGCGAGAGCCAAGGAGGCGAGAGCCAAGGAGGCGAGAGCCAAGGAGGCGAGAGCCAAGGAGGCGAGAGCCAAGGAGGCGAGAGCCAAGGAGGCGAGAGCCAAGGAGGCGAGAGCCAAGGAGGCGAGAGCCAAGGAGGCGAGAGCCAAGGAGGCGAGAGCCAAGGAGGCGAGAGCCAAGGAGGCGAGAGCCAAGGAGGCGAGAGCCAAGGAGGCGAGAGCCAAGGAGGCGAGAGCCAAGGAGGCGAGAGCCAAGGAGGCGAGAGCCAAGGAGGCGAGAGCCAAGGAGGCGAGAGCCAAGGAGGCGAGAGCCAAGGAGGCGAGAGCCAAGGAGGCGAGAGCCAAGGAGGCGAGAGCCAAGGAGGCGAGAGCCAAGGAGGCGAGAGCCAAGGAGGCGAGAGCCAAGGAGGCGAGAGCCAAGGAGGCGAGAGCCAAGGAGGCGAGAGCCAAGGAGGCGAGAGCCAAGGAGGCGAGAGCCAAGGAGGCGAGAGCCAAGGAGGCGAGAGCCAAGGAGGCGAGAGCCAAGGAGGCGAGAGCCAAGGAGGCGAGAGCCAAGGAGGCGAGAGCCAAGGAGGCGAGAGCCAAGGAGGCGAGAGCCAAGGAGGCGAGAGCCAAGGAGGCGAGAGCCAAGGAGGCGAGAGCCAAGGAGGCGAGAGCCAAGGAGGCGAGAGCCAAGGAGGCGAGAGCCAAGGAGGCGAGAGCCAAGGAGGCGAGAGCCAAGGAGGCGAGAGCCAAGGAGGCGAGAGCCAAGGAGGCGAGAGCCAAGGAGGCGAGAGCCAAGGAGGCGAGAGCCAAGGAGGCGAGAGCCAAGGAGGCGAGAGCCAAGGAGGCGAGAGCCAAGGAGGCGAGAGCCAAGGAGGCGAGAGCCAAGGAGGCGAGAGCCAAGGAGUCUUUUGUCCCCACCGAGAAUUUCUACUUCUCGUGA